GCUCAGCCCAUGACAGAUAUUCAUUAUCAGACCACAGAGCCCACCUCAAGAUAAUCAUAUACUAACUGAAUCAUGGGGAAACAUAUAGACAUUUUGAAGAAAAUGGCAGGGACCUUUCAGGUCCGACACAUGCUCCUCCGCCAGGCCCUGGCUGAGUGUCUGGGAACCCUGAUUCUGGUGAUGUUUGGAUGUGGUGCAGUGGCACAGAUGGUGCUGAGCAAAGGAACCCACGGCACAUUCCUCAGUGUUAACCUUGCUUUUGGAUUCGCUGUAACCUUGGGUAUCCUUGUAAGUGGACAGAUCUCAGGUGGUCAUCUGAACCCAGCAGUGACUUUCACACUGUGCCUCCUCAAGAGAGAGCCAUGGAGGAAGUUCCUGUUGUUUUUCUUCUUCCAGACUCUCGGCGCCUUCCUGGGCGCAGCAGUCGUAUUUGGCAUGUAUUCUGAUGCAUUAUGGGACUUUGGCCACGGGGAGCUGAUUGUAGUUGGGGAGAAUGCCACUGCAGGAAUUUUUGCCACAUAUCCAUCCAAACAUCUCACCCUGGUUAAUGGAUUCUUUGAUCAGCUCAUUGGAACAGCUGCUUUGAUUGUCUGCAUCCUGGCCAUAGUUGAUCCACACAACAAUCCAGUCCCCAGAGGCCUGGAGGCCUUCACUGUAGGCUUUGUGGUGUUAGUCAUUGGCCUCUCAAUGGGCUUCAACUCUGGGUAUGCUAUUAACCCAGCCAGGGACCUGGGACCACGUCUCUUCACAGCUCUGGCAGGCUGGGGUGGAGAAGUUUUCUGUGCAAACACCUACUGGUUCUUUGUGCCAACCUGUGUCCCAUUCUUGGGUGCGAUGGUGGGUGUGCUGAUGUACCAGCUCAUGAUUGGUCACCAUUUAGAAGGUGAGGUGCAAGAGAAGCAAAAGGAGGAGGAGGAAAGGUUGAAACUUUCCACUGUUUCAGCCAGUGAAGACGCAUGA